UUUAUCCGCGUCUCGCUCGCACCGACGUCGACCGCGACGCGUCGCGCUUCUGUGUUGUGAGGUGCACUCGCCAGUCACGGUUCCCAUUAUUUUCGUGAGGCGGGUAUUGCGCCGAAGCCGAUUCCGAUUCCCGCAUCCUCGCCCCGAGAGGCGAGCGCGAGGUCCGGUCCCGUCGCGGCCGCUCACAAGUCUCACCGUACGGCGUACUCCGCGCUCGAGGCCAAAUGUCCCAUCGCGACCACAGACGUCGCGAUCUCUUCGCACCUAUUCUAAAGUUCACGUUUACUUAGAUCGACUCUAUCGGGCGGCUCAGAAAAUGAGGCACGGGCGCCGGAGGAACGCGUUCUCGGUUCGUCGUAGUGAACGGUAGAUGUUCUAUAUUUAAUCAAACUAAAAAGAAAGUUAUCGUGUUGGUGACAGUGCGUUGCGUUGUGUUGUAUGUGGACUGGUGUGCUAAUGAUACAGGUGACCGUUGAUGGAUGUUGGAGCUCCAUUGGAAGAUGCAUUUCAAAGAGACCUUUGUGAUGAACGAUCGUCCAAAUGAGCGCGGCCGCCGCAACUCCCGCUCCAAGGGCGUCAAGAUGGAGCACUUCCAGGCUGCGCUGGAUCCCCGCAAGCAAGAGUUACUGGAGGCUCGCUUCCUAGGCGCCAAGGUGAGCGCCGGGGCGAUACUAGUUGAAACACAGCGAGUGUCCGAGUUCAAGACGAUGUCAGCUGGGUCACAAAUUCAGAUGGCACCUCAAACUACUGUCAACACGGGCCAACCAGUACAUAAUCAGGACUCCAAUAUGAGUACAGGGUCUUCUCACAGUGACAAAGAAAUAGAUGCUUUAACACCUGAAAAAUCUGCUGCUAUGAGAGGGACUGCAGUAGUGGUACCAGGUGCUGCACUUGUACCACCAAGUGGUGCAACACCAACCAUUGCAAUGCCAGAACGGAAAAGGAAGCGAAAAGGUGAAGAAGGGGUUGGCGGUGGUGGUGGUGGAGGAGGCGGCAAACAAAGACAAAACUCGGCUGAUAAGAACAUUCGUGAAUAUUUUUCUAAACACCCCUCAUCCAGUCCUGUGCGGCAUGCUGGAGCAAAGUCACCAUCACCACAAGGAGCUAGUUAUCCUAUGUACCCACCAUCUCCAUCAUCCAUAUUGCCUACGGGAGCUGAUUAUUUACGGCCAGCCUCACAACAGAGACCUCACACUUCCGUUAAACAGAUUCAGACAGAACUGACAUGUCAGAGGAUACAAGAGUUAGAAACUCAAGCAUCUUCAGACUUAGAGUUAAGAAAUAAUAGAAUAGAAGAAUUAACUAGGAGUAAAGAAGAGUUAAAACAUCAAAUUCAAGCUCAGAAUAAGGCUAUUGAUCAGCAUAAGUCACAGAUUAAUAAAUGUAUAGAUGUUGUAAAAAAACUUUUAAAUGAAAAGAGUACUAUUGAAAAGAAGGAAGCGCGGCAAAAAUGUAUGCAAAAUAGGUUAAGGCUUGGUCAGUUUGUUACUCAAAGAGUUGGUGCUACUUUCCAAGAAAAUUGGACUGAUGGAUAUGCAUUUCAAGAACUCACAAGGCGGCAAGAGGAAAUUACUGCCGAAAAAGAGGAGAUAGAUCGUCAAAAGAAAUUGCUGUUAAAGAAGAGGCCUUCAAAUAAUGAGGGUGGCGGUGGUCGGGGUAAGAGAACAUCAAGUGUGUCUGCGCCGUCCACGCCACAGCCACUACACAAUGGUACUGAUGCUCCCACCUUCCUCAAGCCGGACCCACUGCCUAGUAUGACGUGGCAGGAAUACUAUGAAGCUGAUGAAAUUCUAAAGUUAAGGCAAAGUGCCCUUAAAAAAGAAGAUGCUGACUUGCAGUUAGAAAUGGAAAAGUUAGAACGGGAAAGAAAUCUUCAUAUAAGAGAACUGAAAAGAAUACACAAUGAAGACCAAAGCCGCUUCUCUCAACAUCCUGUGCUCUCUGAAAGAUAUUUGCUGCUAAUGCUUCUUGGUAAGGGUGGGUUUAGCGAGGUUCACAAGGCGUUUGAUCUGCGGGAACAGCGCUACACCGCCUGCAAGGUGCAUCAGCUCAACAAGGAUUGGAAAGAAGACAAGAAGGCCAACUAUAUCAAACACGCACUUCGGGAGUACAACAUACACAAGGCGCUAGAUCACCCGCGGAUUGUAAAGCUUUACGAUGUUUUUGAAAUUGAUGGCAAUUCCUUUUGUACAGUUCUCGAAUACUGCAAUGGACAUGAUCUCGAUUUUUAUCUUAAACAGCAUAAGACAAUACCAGAACGUGAGGCUCGGUCCAUAGUAAUGCAAGUUGUCUCUGCACUUAAAUAUCUCAAUGAGAUAAAGCCCCCUGUGAUACACUAUGACCUGAAGCCGGGAAAUAUAUUACUUACGGAGGGCAAUGUGUGUGGUGAAAUCAAAAUCACAGACUUUGGACUAUCAAAAGUGAUGGAUGAGGAAAAUUAUAAUCCUGAUCAUGGUAUGGAUUUAACCAGCCAAGGUGCCGGUACUUAUUGGUAUUUGCCACCAGAAUGUUUUGUAGUUGGCAAGAACCCACCAAAGAUCAGUAGUAAGGUUGAUGUGUGGAGUGUUGGUGUGAUCUUCUAUCAGUGCCUUUAUGGCAAGAAGCCCUUUGGUCACAAUCAGAGCCAGGCGACUAUACUGGAGGAGAACACAAUAUUAAAAGCAACCGAAGUUCAGUUUGCCAACAAACCUACAGUCAGUAAUGAGGCUAAGAGUUUCAUCCGGGCGUGCCUGGCGUACCGCAAGGAGGAGCGCAUCGACGUGUUCGGGCUGGCGCGGCACGAGUACCUGCAGCCGCCCAUGCCCAAGCCGCGCGGCGCCGUGUCGGCCUCGCCCGCGCACGUGCCGCAGGCCUCGUUCUCCGCCAACAUGUUCGCCGGCUCGUCCUCCUAGCGCCGCCGCCGGCCUCGCACGCGCCCCGCUGCCUCGCGCUCGCCCUGCUGACAGUGACAGUGACAUGUGACGUGUGACAGUGACAGUGAAGCGUGAUGCGAACGUUUGGCUAGACUAUCGCAAUAGUGAAGGAAAAAUCAUCAAUUUGUUUUGUGUUUGUCACGAUAAUGUUAAUAUUGAUUAACAUUUUUUCAAAAACAAUUUCAAAAUAACAGUUUGGAGGAUGUAAAUAGAGAUACUCCAUGUAUAUCACAAUGGACUGAGUGAAUGUAAUGUGCUUUGGUAAACUGAACAGUUGCAACAUGCUGGGAGAGGACUAUAAUGUUGUCGAGAGCCGCGAGCGUGCUUCCUAUACAGUUUGUAAGAUUUUAGUUUUGGGGAGUGUACAGUUUAGUUCUGGCAACCCUGAGCCCACCACCCGCCUUGUAAACAACACGCGCCACGCGGACCUCGGAGUUGACUAUUUUACAAAUUAAAUUGUUUAAUAUUAUGCUUACUGUUAUGACUGUAUUUAUUGAGGUGAUAAAAUGUGAUUCUCCAUUUUCGAAUGGUUUUAUCCUUAUCACUAGAGAGGAUCCAUGGGAAUAUCCCUUGCAUAUAUAUAUAAGUUAUCCCUAUUAAAAAGUUAAAAUAUUU